CUGGGGGGUAAAUGCUUUUUUUCAAUUAACAUAAAGAUUGAUGGUCUUACAAAUACAAAACAGAAAGCAGAUAAAGUAUAAAGUGGAAAAUGUAUCAAUAAUUCAUGACAAAGAGUAAGUAGGGGAAAAAGCUAAACAAAAAAAGACUUUUAUUUUGGCGUGGUCAUAUAGCUGCGCCGCUCCCGCACUGUGAUUCAACUGGAGAAAGGAUAAAGUGUCCAAACUCAGAGAAAAACUCCUGCUGAAGCGACUGAUCUACACACUGUUAUAAAAAUGGCGUUUAUUAAAGUAGAAAGUGAAGACCUGAAGAUUGAAGAAACAUUCACAGUCAAACAGGAAGAUCUGCAGGAACAAACAGACCUGAUGGUGUUGAAAGAAGAGACUCAUCAACAGAAUGAAAUGGAAGAGAAACCCCAAGAAAUAACGACUGAUGAAAAACCCACACUGAAUAAAAAGACUUCAUCACGUGGAAGACCUCGGAAAUCCAAAUCUGCGUGUAAUUUCAGCAGUAAACAGAGUAGAAAGAGUUUCAGUCAGAAGUCAAACCUUGAUGUUCACAUGAGAGUUCACACUAGGGAGAAACCUUACACCUGCGAACAGUGUGGAAAGAGUUUUGGUCACAUACAAGGCUUUGAAAACCACAUGAGAAUUCACACUGGAGAGAAGCCUUUCAGCUGUAAACAGUGUGGAAAGAGUUUCAGUCAAAAGGCAAACCUUGAUGUUCACAUGAGAGUUCACACUAAGGAGAGGCCUUACACCUGCGAACAGUGUGGAAAGAGUUUUACUUAUAAACAAGGCUUUACAACCCACAUGAGAAUUCACACUGGAGAGAGGCCAUACACAUGCCAACAGUGUAAAAAAAGCUUCUAUCAUCCAGGAAACUUUGCAGUGCACAUGAGAAUUCACACUGGAGAGAGGCCGUACACAUGCCAACAGUGUGGUAAAAGCUUCUACCAAUCAGGAAACUUUGCAGCGCACAUGAGAAUUCACACUGGGGAGAGGCCUUACUCUUGCAUCCAGUGUGGAAAGAGUUUUAAGCAAAAUGGCACCCUUGAAGUCCACAUGAGAACACACACUGGAGACAGAAGUUUUAUUUGCACACAAUGUGGGAAACAUUUUUCUCAAAAACAUGACCUUAACAUCCACAUGAGGAUUCACACUGGAAAAAAACCUCACACAUGCACACAGUGUGGGAAAAGGUUUACUCAAAAAACAAGUCUUGACAACCACAUGAGGAUUCAUACUGGAGAGAAACCUUACAGAUGCACAGAGUGUGGGAAAACUUUCCCACAUAAAAGCUAUCUUAAGAUUCACAUGAUGAUCCACACUGGAGAGAAACCAUUCACAUGCACUCAGUGUGGAAAGAGUUUCAGCUGCUUAUCACACCUUAAUGUACACAUGAUGAUCCACACUGGAGAGAAACCAUUCACGUGCACUCAGUGUGGAAAGAGUUUCAGCAAAUCAUCACACCUUAAUAAACACAUGAUGAGCCACACUGGAGAGAAACCAUUCACAUGCACUCAGUGUGGGAAGCGUUUCAGUCAAUCAUCAUCCCGUAGUAAACACAUGAUGAUCCACACUGGAGAGAAACCAUUCACAUGCACUCAGUGUGGAAAGAGUUUUAGCCAAUUAUCACACCUUGAUCUACACAUGAUGAUCCACACUGGAGAGAAACCAUUCACGUGCACUCAGUGUGGGAAGAGUUUCAACUAUUUAUCACACCUUAAUCACCACAUGAUGAUCCACACUGGAGAGAAACCAUUCACAUGCCUUCAAUGUGGGAAGAGUUUCAGCAAAUCAUCAUCCCUCAAUCAACACAUGAGGAUCCACACUGGAGAGAAACCAUUUACAUGCACUCAGUGUGGGAAGAGUUUCAGCAAAUCAUCAUCCCUUAAUAAACACAUGAGGAUCCACACUGGAGAGAAACCAUUCACAUGCACUCAGUGUGGAAAGUGUUUUACCUGCUCAUCAAACCUUAAUCAGCACAUGAGAAUUCACACUGGAGAGAAACCAUUCAUAUGCACUCAGUGUGGGAAAAGUUUCAGCCAGUCAUCAUCCCUUAAUUACCACAUGAAGUUCCACGCUGGAGAGAAACCAUUCACAUGCACUCAGUGUGGGAAGAGUUUCAGCCAAUCAUCACACCUUAAUAAACACAUGAGGAUUCACACUGGAGAGAAACCAUUUACAUGCACUCAGUGUGGAAAGUGUUUUACCUGCUCAUCAAACCUUAAUCAGCACAUGAGGAUCCACACUGGAGAGAAACCAUUCAUAUGCACUCAGUGUGGGAAAAGUUUCAGCCAGUCAACAUCCCUUAAUUACCACAUGAAGAUUCACACUGGAGAGAAACUAUUCUCAUGCACUCAGUGUGGGAAGAGUUUCAGCCAAUCAUCAAAUCUUAUUCUACACAUGAGGAUCCACACUGGAGAGAAACCAUUUACAUGCACUCAGUGUGGGAAGAGUUUCAGCCAAUCAUCAAAUCUUAUUCUACACACGAGGAUCCACACUGGAGAGAAACCAUUUACAUGCACUCAGUGUGGGAAGAGUUUUAGCCACUCGUCAUCCCUUAAUCAACACAUGAUGAUCCACACUGGGGAGAAACCAUUCACAUGCACUCAGUGUGGGAAGAGCUUUAGCCAAUCAUUAUCCCUUAAUCAACACAUGAAGAUCCACACCGGAGAAAAACCAUUUACAUGCACCCAGUGUGGGAAGAGUUUCAGCAACUCAGCAAACCUUAAUCAACACAUGAGGAUUCACACUGGAGAGAAACCAUUCACAUGUACUCAGUGUGGGAAGAGUUUCAGCCAAUCAUCAAACCUUAACCUACACAUGAGGAUCCACACUGGAGAGAAACCAUUCACAUGCAGUCAGUGUGGGAAGAGUUUCAGCCAAUCAUCAUCCCUUAAUCUACACAUGAGGAUCCACACUGGAGAGAAACCAUUCACAUGUACUCAGUGUGGGAAGAGUUUCAGCCAAUCAUCAAUCCUUAAUAUACACAUGAGGAACCACACUGGAGAGAAACCAUUCACAUGCCUUCAGUGUGGGAAGAGUUUUAGCCAAUCAACAUACCUUAAUCAACACAUGAGGAUCCACACUGGGGAGAACCUAUUCACAUGCACCCAGUGUGGGAAGAGUUUCAGCAACUCAGCAAACCUUAAUCUACACAUGAGGAUUCACACUGGAGAGAAACCAUUCACAUGUACUCAGUGUGGGAAGAGUUUCAGCCAAUCAUCAAACCUUAAUAUACACAUGAGGAUUCACACUGGAGAGAAACCAUUCACAUGCAGUCAGUGUGGGAAGAGUUUCAGCCAAUCACCAUACCUUAAUCAUCACAUGAGGAUCCACACUGGAGAGAAACCAUUCACAUGCAGUCAGUGUGGGAAGAGUUUCAGCAAAUCAUCAAACCUUAAUAUACACAUGAGGAUCCACACUGGAGAGAAACCAUUCACAUGUACUCAGUGUGGUACGAGUUUCAGCCAAUCAUCAAACCUUAAUAUACACAUGAGGAACCACACUGGAGAGAAACCAUUCACAUGCCUUCAGUGUGGGAAGAGCUUUAGCCGAUCAACAUCCCUUAAUCGACACAUGAUGAUCCACACUGGAGAGAAAGAGUUUAUCUGUAAACAGUGUGGAAAGAGUUUCAGUCAAAAGUCAAACCUUGAUGUUCACAUGAGAGUUCACACAGGGGAGAAACCUUACACCUGCGAACAGUGUGGAAAGAGUUUUAGUCAAAUACAAGGCUUUAAAGCUCACAUGAGAAUUCACACUAGAGAGAGGAAGUUCACAUGCCAAGAGUGUGGAAAAAGCUUUUAUCAUGUUGGAAACUUUGCAGCACACAUGAGAAUUCACACUGGAGAGAAGCCUUUCAGCUGUAAGCAGUGUGGAAAGAGUUUCAGUCAAAAGCCAAACCUUUAUGUUCACAUGAGGGCUCACACAGGGGAGAAACCUUACACCUGUGAACAGUGUGGACAGAGUUUUAGUCAAAAACAAAGCUUUAAAUCCCACAUGAGAAUUCAUUCUGGAGAGAGGCCGUACACAUGCCAACAGUGUGGAAAAAGCUUCCGUCAUGCAAGAAACCUGGCAGAGCACAUGAGAAUUCACACUGGAGAGAAGCCUUUCAGCUGUAAACAGUGUAGAAAGAGUUUUUCUCAAAAACAAAACCUUACCAUCCACAUGAGGAUUCACACUGGAGAGAAACCUUACACAUGCUCAGAGUGUGGUAAAAGUUUUGCUAAAAAACACAACCUUAACAUCCACAUGAGGAUUCACACUGGAGAGAAACCUUACACAUGCACAGAAUGUGGUCAAAGUUUCCCAUAUAAAACCACAUUCAGUAUCCACAGGAGAAUUCACACUGGAGAGAAACCUUACAGAUGCACAGAGUGUGGUAAAAGUUUCACACAUAAAACCACACUCAAUAACCAUAAGAGAACUCACACUGGAGAGAAACCUUACAGCUGCACUCAGUGUGGAAAGAGUUUUGGAAGAAAACACAAUCUUAAGAUUCACAUGAGGAUCCACACUGGAGAGAAACCAUUCACAUGCACUCAGUGUGGGAAGAGUUUCAACCAAUCAUCAAACCUUUAUAAUCACAUGAUGAUCCACACUGGAGAGAAACCAUUCAAAUGCACUCAAUGUGGGAAAAGUUUUAACCGCUCAUCAGACCUUCAUCAACAUAUGAGGAUUCACACUGGAGAGAAACCAUACACAUGCACUCAGUGUGGGAAGAGUUUUUACUGCUCAUCACACCUUCAUCAACACAUGAGGAUCCACACUGGAGAGAAACCAUUCACAUGCACUCAGUGUGGGAAGAGUUUCAGCCAAUCAUCACACUUUAAGCAACACAUGAGGAUCCACACUGAAGAGAAACCAUUCACAUGCACUCAGUGUGGGAAGAGUUUCAGCCAAUAAUCAAACCUUAAUCGACACAUGAGGAUACACACUGGAGAGAAACCAUUCACAUGCACUCAGUGUGGGAAGAGUUUCAGCCAGUCAUCACACCUUAAUCAACACAUGAGGAUCCACACUGGAGAGAAACCAUUCACAUGCAAUCAGUGUGGGAAGAGUUUCAACCAAUCAUCAAACCUUUAUAAUCACAUGAUGAUCCACAAUGGAGAGAAACCAUUCAAAUGCACUCAAUGUGGGAAAAGUUUUAACCGCUCAGCAGACCUUCAUCAACAUAUGAGGAUUCACACUGGAGAGAAACCAUUCACAUGCACUCAGUGUGGGAAGAGUUUUUACUGCUCAUCACACCUUCAUCAACACAUGAGGAUCCACACUGGAGAGAAACCAUUCACGUGCUCUGAGUGUGGGAAGAGUUUCAGGCAAUCAUCAAACUUUAAGCAACACAUGAGGAUCCACACUGGAGAGAAACCAUUCACAUGCACUCAGUAUGGAAGGAGUUUUGGAAAAAAAGGCUAUCUUAAGAUUCACAUGAUGAUCCACACUGGAGAGAAACCAUACACAUGCACUCAGUGUGGAAAGAGUUUCAGCUGCUUAUCACACCUUAAUGUACACAUGAUGAUCCACACUGGAGAGAAACCAUUCACAUGCACUCAGUGUGGAAAGAGUUUCAGCAAAUCAUCAAACCUUAAUAAACACAUGAUGAGCCACACUGGAGAGAAACCAUUCACGUGCACUCAGUGUGGGAAGAGUUUCAGUCAAUCAUCAUCCCGUAGUAAACACAUGAUGAUCCACACUGGAGAGAAACCAUUCACAUGCACUCAGUGUGGAAAGAGUUUUAGCCAAUUAUCACACCUUGAUUUACACAUGAUGAUCCACACUGGAGAGACACCAUUCACGUGCACUCAGUGUGGGAAGAGUUUCAACUAUUUAUCACACCUUAAUCACCACAUGAUGAUCCACACUGGAGAGAAACCAUUCAAAUGCCUUAAAUGUGGGAAGAGUUUCAGCCAAUCAUCAUCCCUCAAUCAACACAUGAGGAUCCACACUGGAGAGAAACCAUUUACAUGCACUCAGUGUGGGAAGAGUUUCAGCAAAUCAUCAUCCCUUAAUAAACACAUGAGGAUCCACACUGGAGAGAAACCAUUCACAUGCACUCAGUGUGGAAAGUGUUUUACCUGCUCAUCAACCCUUAAUCAGCACAUGAGAAUCCACACUGGAGAGAAACCAUUCAUAUGCACUCAGUGUGGGAAAAGUUUCAGCCAGUCAUCAUCCCUUAAUUACCACAUGAAGUUCCACGCUGGAGAGAAACCAUUCACAUGCACUCAGUGUGGGAAGAGUUUCAGCCAAUCAUCACACCUUAAUAAACACAUGAGGAUUCACACUGGAGAGAAACCAUUUACAUGCACUCAGUGUGGAAAGUGUUUUACCUGCUCAUCAAACCUUAAUCAGCACAUGAGGAUCCACACUGGAGAGAAACCAUUCAUAUGCACUCAGUGUGGGAAAAGUUUCAGCCAGUCAACAUCCCUUAAUUACCACAUGAAAGUUCACACAGGGGAGAAACCUUACACCUGCGAACAGUGUGGAAAGAGUUUUGGUAAAAAACAAAGCUUUAAAAUGCACAUGAGAAUUCACACUGGAGAGAGGCCGUACACAUGCCAACAGUGUGGACAAACCUUCUAUCAUGUAGGAAACUUUGCAGCACACAAGAGAAUUCACACUGGGGAGAAGCCAUACACAUGCCAACAGUGUGGAAAAAGCUUCUAUACUACAGAAAAUUUUACACAGCACAUGAGAAUUCACACUGGAGAAAGGCCGUACACAUGCCAACAGUGUGGAAAAAGCUUCUAUAAUACAGGAAACUUUGCAGCACACAUGAGAAUUCACACUGGGGGGAAGCCUUACUCCUGCUUUCAGUGUGGAAAGAUUAUAACGACUUCCUCUUUUGUGGCGAAACACAUGAGGAUCCACACUAGAGAGAAACCAUUUACUUGCACUCAGUGUGGGAAGAGUUUCAACCGCUCAUCAAACCUUGAUCACCACAUGAGGAUCCACACUGGAGAGAAACCAUUUACUUGCACUCAGUGUGGGAAGAGUUUCAACCGCUCAUCAAACCUUGAUCAACACAUAAGGAUCCACACUGGAGAGAAACCAAUAACGUGCACUCUGUGUGGGAAGAGUUUUCGCCAAUCAUCAUCCCUUUCUAAACACAUGAGGACCCACACUGGAGAGAAACCAUUUACUUGCACUCAGUGUGGGAAGAGUUUCAGCCAAUCAUCAAACUUUAAUCUACACAUGAGGAUCCACACUGGAGAGAAACCAUUUACGUGCACUCAGUGUGGGAAGAGUUUCCGCCAAGCAUCAUCACUUAAUAAACACAUGAGGACCCACACUGGAGAGAAACCAUUUACUUGCACUCAGUGUGGGAAGAGUUUCAACCGCUCAUCAACCCUUAAUCAACACAUAAGGAUCCACACUGGAGAGAAACCAAUAACGUGCACUCAGUGUGGGAAGAGUUUUCGCCAAGCAUCAUCACUUAAUAAACACAUGAGGAUCCACACUGGAGAGAAACCAUUCACAUGCACUCAGUGUGGGAAGAGUUUCAGCCAAUCAUCAAACUUUAAUCUACACAUGAGGAUCCACACUGGAGAGAAACCAUUCACAUGCACUCAGUGUGGGAAGAGUUUCAUCCAAUCAUCAAACUUUAAUCUACACAUGAGGAUCCACACUGGAGAGAAACCAUUUACGUGCACUCAGUGUGGGAAGAGUUUCCGCCGAGCAUCAUCACUUAAUAAACACAUGAGGACCCACACUGGAGAGAAACCAUUUACUUGCACUCAGUGUGGGAAGAGUUUCAACCGCUCAUCACGCCUUGAUCAACACAUAAGGAUCCACACUAGAGAGAAACCAUUCACAUGCACUGAGUGUGGGAGGAGUUUCAACCGCUCAUCACACCUUAAUCACCACAUGAGGAUCCACACUGGAGAGAAACCAUUUACUUGCACUCAGUGUGGGAAGAGUUUCAGCCGCUCAUCAUACCUUGAUCAACACAUAAGGAUCCACACUGGAGAGAAACCAAUAACGUGCACUCAGUGUGGGAAGAGUUUUCGCCAAUCAUCAUCACUUUAUAAACACAUGAGGAUCCACACUGGAGAGAAACCAUUCACUUGCACUCAGUGUGGGAAGAGUUUCAGCCAAUCAUCAAACUUUAAUCUACACAUGAGGAUCCACACUGGAGAGAAACCAUUCACAUGCACUCAGUGUGGGAAGAGUUUCAGCCAAUCAUCACACCUUAAUGACCACAUGAUGAUCCACACUGGAGAGAAACCAUUCACAUGCACUCAGUGUGGGAAGAGUUUCAUCUGGUUAUCAUUGCUUAAUCAACACAUGAUGAUUCACACUGGAGAGAAACCAUUCACAUGCAAUCAGUGUGGGAAGAGUUUCAGGCAAUCAUCAUACCUUAAUGAACACAUGAAGAUCCACACCGGAGAGAAACCAUUCACAUGCACUCAGUGUUGGAAGAGUUUCAGCCGCUCAUCAGAACUUAAUCACCACAUGAGGAUCCACACUGAAGAGAAACCAUUCACAUGCACUCAGUGUGGGAAGAGUUUUAGCUGCUCAUCAUCCCUUAAUAAACACAUUAGGAUUCACACUGGAGAGAAACCAUUCACAUGCACUCAGUGUGAAAAGAGUUUCGGCCGCUCGUCAUACCUUAAUCAACACAUGAGGAUCCACACUGGAGAGAAACCAUUCACAUGCACUCAGUGUGGGAAGAUUUUCGGCCGCUCAUCAUAUCUUAAUCAACACAUGAGGAUCCACACUGGAGAGAAACUAUUCACAUGCACUCAGUGUGGGAAGAGUUUCGGCCGCUCAUCACACCUUAAUCAACACAUGAGGAUCCACACUGGAGAGAAACCAUUCACAUGCACUCAGUGUGGAAAGAGUUUCAGACAACCAUCACUCCUUUAUCUACACACGAUAAGCCACAACGGAGAGAAACCCACAGCUUCGGUGUGGGAUGAGUUUCAGCAACUCCUCAGACCUUAAUAAACACAUGAUGACCCACACUGUAGAUAAACCAUUCACAUGCACUCUGUUUGGGAAGAGUAUCAACCAAUCAGUAAACCCUAAUGAACACAUUAAGAUCCACACUGGUGUGAAAGAGUAUUUGUGCUUUGAGUGUGAGAAGACUUUUAUUACAGCUCUAAAAUUAAAACUGCACCAGACGUUUCACACUGGAAAGUAGUGAUGGAAAGUUCGUAUCAUUUUACUUACUUGGAUCUUUGAGUCUCGUUCAUCAAGAUGACAGAAUCUUUUUUCGGAGUCACGUGACGGUAAUGGCGGAGUAGCAGCUCAACAUUUGGUCUCCGCAGCUCAGUGGUAUAUUUUUAGUAUAUAAAAUAAGACAUAUAACGGCACAUACUUUAAGACCUUGUGAAUGGACAUACGAUCAUGCCCACUACCCAGAAGAAGUUGAAUCUGUCGGCAAAAACCUCUAAAUCGACGGAGAUUAAAUCGCCUCAGGAGGACAGUCAAUCAACGAUCAUGGCGGACCAGGCGUACUCGUUGCUGAGCCGUAGCUGAAACAGCUUGGUAGAAAGAAUAUCAACAGAGGUGCUUAAAGGUGUCAAAAGCUAGUUUGAAAAGAAAAUCGACCCUGUUCUUAAGAAACUUGAGGAAUGUUCCUCAAAAAUUGGGACUUUGGACACGCAAAUUACUGAGGUAGAAUGCCGCGUAUCAGACUCCGAGGAUGCGAUGACCACCUAUGGUGCGAAACUUACUGAUCUCGCGGAAAAACUGGUGCCGUGCUGUAUAAAAAUAGACCAUCUGGAGAACAAAAACAGAAGAUGCAAUGUGCGGGUCGUCGGUCUUCCAGAGGGAUGCGAGGGCAGUAAUCCGAUCUCUUUUUUCAAAUCCUGGUUACCAGAGCUGCUACAGGUCAGUUUCAAAGGUGAGCAUGUUAAACUGGAUCGAUGUCCCCGCGCCCUCACUCGCCGCCCACCGCCUGGCCAGCGACCCCGAGCAGUUAUCGUAAAGUUUCACAACUUUCAGUAUAAAUUUCGGAUCAUGCAAGCGGCGAGACAAACGUGCACGCUGUCCUACAACGGUGCUUCAAUUAUGAUAUUUGAGGACUUUUCUGUGUUGGUAAUGAGGAAAAGGCAGGAAUUCUACCAUGUUAAACAGCAGCUUAAAGAGAAGGGUAUUGCCUUUGCCAUGUUGUAUCCAGCAGUUCUCAGGGUCAAGGUGAACGGUCAGGAGAGGUCUUUCAAGGACCCAAAGGAUGUCACAGCAUUUCUGGCGUCUGCCCCACUACAGAGCGGCUCACCUGACCGCACUGCUACUGACUGAGCAUCCUUUCCCCAUCCCAGUAUGGUUUUAGAGGGUUUAGCUGUUGAGAUCGGACAUUUCGUUUGAGGUCUACAUUUUAUUAUAACAAUUUAUUAUCGAAAAUUUAGUAUGGUUUCUUUAAUACUGACAGAUCCAUAUGUGAUUACUUUUUCAUUGCCAUUUAUGUCGCAAUAUUUGACUGAGCUGCAGUCCGGAAGUUUUUCUGUUACCUAAAGGUAGCUUAUCGAAGCCUUAGAAAGGUUUUUUUUUUAAUUUAUUUUUUUGCUUGUUUUUCGUGUGCUGGUCCUGCACCUUCUCUAUAACUAGAGGGAAGCUAGCUGACGCCCAAAAUGGGCGUAACAGACCAAAGUCUGACUCCUUUUCGUUUUGUUAAUAGCUCUUUUUUUGUUCCAAUUUUUUUGAUGUACAUAGUUUUUACUUGAUUCUUCUAAAAUUGUGAAAAGAACGAUUUUACCCCUGC